AUGAACGCCUUUAUCUUCGUAACCGCCUCGGUGAUUGCCACCGCCAUGGCUGGCGGUGUUGGCGGCGGUCUCGGUGGUGGCCUCGGCGGUGGGCUUGGCGGAGGAGGUGGUCUUGGCGGUGGCCUCGGCCUUGGUGGAGGCGGACUCGGAGGCGGAGGCCUCGGCGGCGGUGUUGGUGUCGGAGCACCCGUGGCAACCCCUGUCGCCACAGUGUCCUUCUUGAGGCAGCCGGUCGUACACCUCAAGUACGUUACUAAGCCAGUGGUAAGCUACGUGAAGCAGCCAGUGGCAACUGUCCACCACGCAAUCAGGCCUGUCGUCCACGUCACGCACGCCGUGGCAGCACCCGCUAUUGCGGCCACCGGCGCAGUGGCGGCUGCGCCAGUCGUGGUCGGUGGCGGAGGCCUCGGAGGCCUUGGAGGCCUCGGCCUCGGUGGAGGCGGACUCGGUGGACUCGGCGGAGUUGGACUUGGCGGUGGCCUCCUGGGCCUCGGAGGUGGACUCGGCGGACUUGGAGGUGGGAAGCAAGAGAUGGUUUGGUUGUUAGGGGUGAAUUUGUUGUGCUUGCAAACGGGCUGCAAUGUCGUGGUCGAUAUUCUCAUUCCAGACUCAGUUCGUACAGAUCCAUACUCAACGUUUUACCACUAG